AUGUCGUAUGGUUGGGUGUGGAAAAAGCAAAGGCUAGUAUUCAUGGAGAUCACUCAUUAUCAUUUGACCAGUUGCGGUGGUUCAAUUCUUGUUGAUCUUUAUUAUUCCUGGAUGGAACAUUCCUCAAAGGAAAGUACAAAGGUCAGCUACUUGCGGCAACAGCGAAAGACGGAAACAAUGAGACCACGGCUAAUUGAUCGUGGUUCUUGCAUGAACUUGGGAAGGUUGUUGAUGGGCAUGCGUUAUGGGGAGAUGACAUCCAAUGCGGCGGAGUCAUUUAAUAACUGGAUUAAAGAACAAGUUAGCAAAGCCAAUGAAGAUGUGUUUGAAGUUCAUUCGAUACCAUCUGUUACAGUUGAUGUUGUGAGGCGUACAUGUUUUUGCUUCAAAUGGAAAAUUAAUGGAUUCCCGUGUGACUAUGCUGUUAUAGCUAUUCAGAAAAGCCACUACAAUCUCUAUGAUUGUGCGGAACAUUACUUUCAUGUAGAGACAUAUCGUGCAGCCUAUUCGGGUGCCAUAUUCACUAUACCAUCAGUGGAGAAGCUGCCUUUUGAUCCCACGGACUACACUAUAUACCCGCCAACUGUGAAAAGACCACUCGGAAGGCCGAAAAAGAAUAGGAUCCCAUCAAGGGGUGAGAAACUGAAGCAAAUAAGAUGCGGGAGAUGUGAUAAGUUGGGGAGCCAUAAUCGGAAAUCAUGCAAGGAACCAAUAUAG